AAUGCCUACAUUACAGUUUCAACCUAAUUCAUCAGGCAAAUUAUUCCUAAGCCUAUCAAUAAUCUUCAUCUUUCUUCUACCAAACUUGGCCUUGUCACAACUCAGCUGUGAAAACAAUAACUCACCAGAUGAUGAUCGCAAUAAUAUUUCACCUUCAGAGGCAACGAAGUACAAACUGAUAGCAAUAGCUUCAACAUUGGCUGCUAGCACAGUUGGUAUAAGCCUACCAAUAGUUGCGAAGAACUUGUCAAGCUUAAGCCCAGAAAGUUUCUUGUAUUUUACUAUGAAGGCCUUCGCGGCCGGUGUGAUUCUCGCAACUGGGUUUCUUGAUGUUCUUCCUGAUGCAUUUGAAGCCCUAGAGACUGUUAAUCGUUGCGUUGCAGAGAAGAAGAAGCCGUGGGGUGAUAAGUUUCCUUUGUCUGGUUUUAUUGCCAUGGUUGCUGCGACUGUGACGUUGAUAAUGGAGGCUUUGAUUACUGGGUACCAUAAGAGGUGUGAAUUGACGAAGGCUCAGCCUCUGAGGGAUGAAAAUGAUGAUGAUGAAGAAACUGAUCGUGGAGAACUGGGAUCAUCAGAGAGAUUUGAAUCGUCGGAUAUAUUUCGGCAUGGCUUGGUUUCUCAGAUUUUGGAGGUGGGAAUUGUCGUGCAUUCAGCGAUUAUUGGCAUGUCUCUUGGUGCGGCCAGAAGUCCUAACACCAUCAAACCUCUGAUUGCAGCACUUAGCUUUCAUCAAUGUUUUGAAGGUAUGGGACUAGGUGGCUGCAUUGCACAGGCACAAUUUAAAUGCCAAACAAUUAUAAUAAUGGUGCUAUUCUUUUGCCUAACAAUUCCAAUUGGGAUAGGCAUUGGAGUAGGCAUAUCAAAGACGUACGAUGAGAAGAGCCAAACAGCACUUGUAGUUGAAGGGGUUUUGUUAUCUGCUUCUGCAGGAAUACUCAUUUACAUGGCCCUCGUUGAUGUUCUUGCCACUGACUUCAUCUUCAACUCUCGAAUGCUAAUCACUCAACUUGGUGCUACUUCUGCACUUCUCAUGGGGCUCAUUUGUAUGUCUAUACUGGUCCAGUGGGUUUAAUUAAUAAACUUAUAUAUACAUACAUCAAUAUUAUUUAAUCGUAUAUUUUGUGUGUCACACGCGCACGCACACUGAUCGAUAAUGUACACAACCCAUACAAUCCAUCAUAA